AUGAAGUUUCUUCUCUUGAUCCUGGUCCUGCAGGUCAUUGCUCCCAGAGCUGUUUCUUCUACACUCUCUGUAGAAAACUAUGUGACAUAUGCUGUUAGGUACUUAAAACUGUUUUAUGACUUCAACAUAGAGAAAUUUCCAAUGACAAAAAUGAAAACCAAUGAGAACUUCAUGGAGAAUAAAGUUCAGGUAAUGCAACAAUUCUUUGGACUAAAUGUGACAGGGAAACUGGACAAAUCUACCCUGGACAUGAUGCACAGACCUCGAUGUGGAAUACCUGAUGUUCAUAAUUUCAAGACAUUCCAAGGGACGCCAGCAUGGAAGAAACAUUUUAUUACCUACAGAAUAGAUAAUUACACUCCUGACAUGAAGCGCGAGGAUGUUGACCAUGCCAUCCAGAAAGCUUUUCAAGUAUGGAGCCAGGUGACCCCCCUGAAAUUCACGAAGGUUUACGCACGCGAGGCUGACAUUGUGAUUCGUUUUGGGCGCAGAGCUCAUGGAGACUACUACCCUUUUGAUGGCAGAGGCGGAGUCAUAGCUCAUGCUUUUGGACCUGGACCUGGUAUUGGAGGCGACACACAUUUUGAUGAAGAUGAAAUUUGGACUAAAAACUACCAAGGCACCAACUUGUUCCUGGUUGCUGUUCAUGAGAUUGGCCAUUCCUUGGGUCUUGACCAUUCCAGAGAUCCAAAGGCCAUAAUGUUUCCCAACUACCGUUAUGUUGACCCCAACACAUUUCGCCUCUCUCUUGAUGAUAUACGUGGCAUUCAGUCUCUCUAUGGAGGUCCAGAAAAGCACCAAUUCCCAUCAGUUCUUAGCCCUGCAGAAUCAGAUCUCUGUGACCCCAAUUUGCGUUUUGAUGCUAUCACUACAGUUGGAAUGAAAAUCUUUUUCUUUAAAAACAGUUCCUUCUGGAUGAAGCUUCCUGGGAAUCCAAAGGCCAAUAUUAGUUUAAUUUCUUCUUUAUGGCCAAAAGUACCAUCUGGUAUUCAAGCUGCUUAUGAAAUUGGAACCAGACAACACAUUUUUCUUUUUAAAGAUGAUAAGUACUGGUUAAUCAACAACUUAAGACCAGAACCAAGGUAUCCCAGGAGCAUACGUUCUUUUGGCUUUCCUGACUCUGUAAAAAAAAUUGAUGCAGCUGUUUUUAAUCCACUUCGUUAUAAGACCUACUUCUUUGUAGGUCAAAAAUAUUGGAGGUAUGAUGAGAGGAGACGACUCAUGGACCCUGGUUAUCCCAAAUUGACUGCUGCACACUUCCCGGGAAUUGAGCCUAAAAUUGAUGCAGUCUUUUAUUAUAACAGACACUACUAUUUUUACCAAGGAUCUAACAAACUUAAAUAUGACACCCUAUCACAUCGUGUCACCAAAAUUCAGAAAAACAACGUUGACAUUGGUUGUUAG